UGCUAACUUUUCCCGGUAAGUUACCGUGAGAUGCAGCCGGAGUUCAGCAGCAGAGCCUGCAUGUGAGGAUCAACGUGUUUAAGUGGACUCUGUUUAAACUUUCGGGAUGUUUCACCUCAGACUCAUCUCCUGUUAGCCAAGAAUGCUAAAGGAAGUUAGCUUGUUAGCAGGAAGUAGCCGGAGCCGGAGCUCGGCCUCACAGUCGGAGCAGCUUCCAUAGAGACCAAACUGUAUUUUUCACGGAGCCCAAAUGUCCAAAUGUCCAGAUAGAGCUGUCUGAAUAGACUCUGUGCUGUUCCCUUUAUCUGAACAUGUUUAACAUCUGAAUUAUCUCCCGCUGUCCUACGAAGCUAAUGCAGUUAGCUUAGCUUGCUAGCUGGAAACAGUCUGCAGGAAAAGCUGCUGUGAAUCAGUAAAAAUGUCUAAAGUGGAGAACGAGGAGGAACUUUGUGGACAACGCAAACUACUGGACGCUGUUUUCAAGCCUGGAGCAGACAUCCAGCUUCUGUUGGUGAGUAAAGAAGAGGUUCCCCCUGAGCAGCAGGAGAGGAGCCCCAGUCUGGACCAGGAGGACCCACCAGAGCCCCCACACAUGAAAGAGGAGUGGAGCCCCAAUCUGGACCAGGAGGACCCGCCAGAGCCCCCACACAUGAAAGAGGAGUGGAGCCCCAAUCUGGACCAGGAGGACCCACCAGAGCCCCCACACAUUAAAGAGGAACAGGAGGAGUUCUGGACCAGUCAGGAGGGAGAUGAGCUUCCACAGCUGGAGGAGGCUGAUAUCACCACGGUCACAUUCACUUCUGUCCCUGUGAAGAGUGAAGAAGACGAUGAAGAGAAACCUCUGUCCUCACAGCUUCAUCAAAGACUAACUGAACAGAUGGAAACAGAAGCUGAUGGAGAGGACUGUGGAGGACCAGAACCAUCCAGGAACUCAGAUCCAGAUAGACAUUUACGACCAGAUAGUUCAGACUCCUCUGAACCUGAGACUGAUGAUAGUUGUGACUGGGAGGAGAUCGAGAAAUGUCAGUCAGGUUCAAACCCUCUGCAAAACAAUGAAGUAGCUGUAAGUGAUGUGGAAUGUAAUAAUGGGAAGAAAUCAUGUAGCUCCUCUGAAUGUGCUACAAGCUUUGGCUGCAAGGGACAUCUGCAGGAACACAAUGAACUCGAAACAGCAGAGAAUGCAUUUAGUUGCUCAGAUUGUGGUAAAAGAUUCCUCUGCAAGAGCUCCUUAAUGGAUCAUAUGAGGCUUCAUACAGAACAAAAACAUUUCAGCUGCUCAGUUUGUGAAAAAACUUUUGAGUUUAAAGAAUAUCUUGCGAGGCACAUGAAAGUUCACUCACAGAAGAGACCAUUUAGUUGUUCAGUUUGUAAAAAAUCAUUUAAAUGGAGAUGUAAGUGUUUGAAUCAUAUGAGAAUCCACACAGGGGAGAAACCCUUCAGUUGUUCUGUCUGUGGUAGAAGAUUCACACUAAGCUCAGGUUUGAGCUCACAUUUAAAGGUUCAUACAGGAGAAAAACCCUUCAGCUGCUCAGUUUGUAAAAAAUGUUUCCGUCAAAGAAGCUAUUUUUCUAGACACAUGAGAAUCCACACAGGGAAGAAAGACUUCAGCUGUUCUGUCUGUAGUAAAACAUUUGGCCAAAGUUCAGAUAUGAACAAACACUUGAGAGUCCAUACAGGAGAAAAACCUUUUAGCUGCUCAGUUUGUAAAAAAUGUUUCCGUCAAAGAAGCAGUUUGUCCUCACACAUGAGAUUACACACAGGCGAGAAAGACUUCAGCUGUUCUGUCUGUAAUAAAACAUUUGGCCAAAGUUCAGAUAUGAACAAACACUUGAGAGUCCAUACAGGAGAAAAACCUUUUAGCUGCUCAGUUUGUAAAAAAAGUUUCAGUCAAAGAAGCAGUUUGUCCAGACACAUGAAAAUCCACACAGGGUAGAAGCCAAGUAGUUGAAGCGUUUGUGAUAAAACAUUCACUGGGUUCGAAUAUCUCAAAAUACAGAAGUGUGCUGGUGAGAGCAGUGGAAGUAAAUGAAGCUGCAGAGAUGCUCGUUGAGCCAAUUCCUUCCAGCAGGACUGAAGUACUGAAGGCAAGACUUGGCUCAACACUGAUCAGUUCAGAACUGUGAUACAGACAAAAUAAGUGAAGCUUCAUAUUUUCAGCUAAGAUGAAGCCAUCCGGUCAUUUUAAUUAUGGUUUUCUUUUGUUUGUUUUUUACUAGGGGUGUAACAAUUCUCCAAAUACACGUUUCGAUUCAUACCUCUAUUUUUGUUUCCUGUUUUUUGGAGGGCAUUAUUAUUAUUAUUAUUAUUAUUAUGUUUAUUAUCAUCAUCAUUAUUAUUUCCAUCUCAGGUUAAAGUAGUCUAACUUGCGGCCAUGAUCACUCAACCAUGACUGGACCAAAAUAGUCACGUGACGUGCAUUUGGAAGACAAUAAAAUAACUGUAUGGUGUAAUAUGUACAAAAUAUAGACCUACAGCUUGUCCUAACUUUAAA